CACAUGCAGACGGAGCAGGGCAGUGCAAGAGCCGAUUAUAUGACCUGCCAAGUCACCCUGUAAAUAGUUUUUACCAGCACGACUGGCACACUGUGCUGUACAUUUCUGUACAUAUUUCGUUAAAAGAAAGACAAUUAAAAAGUUAUAUGCUGUUUUAUUAUACUUUUCUCGUAUUUUUUUCUCGUAAUAUCCUUAUGGAAUGACUUGUACCUGCCUAUGACAACCGAUUGAAAUGUGAGAGGUGUAACGUUACCGACAUCCAAAACGAUAGCCAACUACACACAAUUUGAAUCCUAUCCUUUGGAAUAGUUAAUCAGUGUGGCAUCAUGGUGAUCGUAACGGAGAGAAGCCCGGGCUCCCAGCCCAACCAUACGGGCUACCAGCCCAACCAUACAGGCUCCCAGCCCAACCAUACGGGCUCCCAGCCCAACCAUACGGGCUCCCAGCCCAACCAUACUCAUGGAAGGCCUCUACAGGUCGGCUUCUACGAGAUCAUCCGCACACUGGGGAAAGGAAACUUUGCUGUGGUCAAACUGGCAAGGCACAAAGUCACCAAAACACAGGUGGCCAUAAAGAUCAUUGACAAGACCAGACUAAACCCAUCCAACCUAGAGAAGAUCUACAGAGAGGUCCAGAUCAUGAAGCUGCUGAACCACCCCCAUAUCAUCAAACUCUACCAGGUUAUGGAGACUAAAGAUAUGCUGUAUAUUGUGACAGAAUAUGCCAAAAAUGGAGAGAUGUUCGACUACUUGACCUCAAACGGGCGCAUGAGCGAGGAUGAGGCACGAAAGAAGUUCUGGCAGAUCCUGAUGGCGGUGGACUACUGCCACAGACACCACAUCGUUCACCGUGACCUCAAGACUGAGAACCUGCUGCUGGACACCAAUAUGAACAUCAAACUGGCCGACUUUGGAUUUGGAAACUUCUACAACUCCGGCGAGCCCCUGUCUACGUGGUGCGGCAGCCCCCCCUAUGCAGCACCCGAGGUGUUUGAGGGGAAGGAGUACGAAGGGCCACAGUUGGAUAUCUGGAGUUUGGGUGUGGUUCUGUACGUUCUCGUGUGCGGAUCCCUUCCGUUCGACGGGCCCAGCCUUCCCGCCCUCAGACAGAGAGUCACAGAGGGGCGCUUCAGAAUCCCCUUCUACAUGUCUCAAGACUGUGAGAACCUGAUCCGUAAGAUGUUGGUGGUGGACCCAACCAAGAGGAUCAGCAUGGCCCAAAUCAAGCAGCACCGCUGGAUGCUGGCUGACCCCACAGCUCCUAACCAGACCCUCAGUAUGGCACUGCCCCUCACAGACUACAACUCCAAUCUGGGGGACUACAGCGAGCCCGUCCUGGGCAUCAUGCAAAGCCUGGGCAUCGACCGCCAGAGGACCAUCGAGUCUCUGCUGAGCAGCAGCUACAACCACUUCUCAGCCAUCUACUAUCUGUUGUUGGAGAGGGACAGGGAGCACCGGGCCUUGCAGCUCAGUCGCCAGUGUGGACCCUGGACCCAGAAACCCAGGGACACCUCCGACUCCGGUACCCCAGAGGUCAUCAUGGAGGACAGCUUCAGAACUUCGGCCUACCCCAUUCAGUGCAAGACCUCCCCUCCCAUGCAACCGGAGAUGGAAUAUGACCACGGUGCAUUGUUCCAACGUGUGGCGUUCCCGGUGGAAGCCAGUCUGAACCGCCUGCUGUGUAACCGCUCCAUCUCCCCCAACAGCCUGCUGGAGACCAGCAUCAGUGAGGAGGUCACACACACCUGCUCACCCCUCGUCCUGCCCACCACCACCUCCCGGCGACACACCCUGGCCGAGGUCUCCCCUCACUUCUACCAGUGCAACCCCCCCUGCAUCGUGGUCAGCCUCUCCGAUGGUGCAUCGUCUGACAGCUGUUUGAAGUCCUUGUCCACCCCCAACCCUGCCCUGCGCCCUCCUGUGGGGGGGCUGUCAGCCAUGCCAGCCUCUGGGACUGGCCCUAGGGCGCUGAUCUCUGCCGGUACCCAGCUGGCCCUCUCCUCUCAUCUCCUCCCCCAGGCCCAAGCUUCCAGCUUCCAGGAGGGCCGCAGAGCCUCUGACACCUCCCUAACACAAGGUCUGAAAGCCUUCCGCCAACAGCUGAGGAAGAACACUCGCACUAAGGGUCUUCUGGGUCUGAAUAAGAUCAAUGGUCUGGCAAGGCAGAUCUGCCCACUGACCUCCGACCACAGUAGCCGUGGCAGCCGGGGAUCAAUAGGUCCCACCAUCAAUGAGCACCGCAGCAUGCUAGAGGAAGUUCUGCAACAGCAAAGAAUGCUCCAGAUCCAGCACCAGCCCCAGGCUCCUCAGUCAGCAUCUACCCAGAACCCUCUGCUCUUCCUGCCCCAGCAGCAGCCCCCCUCCCCCACAUCCGUUUACGCCACCUCAACCCUGUUUGACACCUCCGCCUCCUCCCUCCCCCAGGGGGAACAUCAACACCCCCUUUCCCCACACCAGAGUCUCCUGUCUCUCCAGCACGCCUUCUGGCAGCAGCCUUUGGAGUCAUCUUCCUCCUCCUAUGGCUCCUCUUCCUCCUGCUCCUCAUCAUCAUCCUCAUACUGCGCCUCCUCCACCUUCCUCUCCCCUGUGGCCUCCGCUGCUUACCUCCUCGAGGCUCGCCUUCACAUCAGCCAGCAACCCAGCCUCCAUACCCAGACCAACCUACACUACCAACCCCAAGCCCAGGCCCAGAGCCAGGCCUUCACCCAGGGCCCCUUACCCCUUGUGGCCAGGCAGGGGAUGUGGAGCCAGGAUUCAGCCUCCGGAAAAGAGUCAGAGAUGCAGGAGCUGAGUCUGGGUGGGCAGCUGAGCAGCUGUGUGAUGGUGAAGUAAUGGAAAGAAAGAAAGGAGAAACAGGAAACAACAAAUUCCUACUAGACCAGACUUGUUCUGUAUGGCAACCAGAGUAAAAAUUUCAUGGUGAUGUCAUCACUGAUGGACAGGAAGGGUGAGCACUUUUUGACAGUGGGAACAGAACUUUGAGCUGUGGAGUUGCUCACAGAUCAUCAGAUGAUGAGAAGAUGAUAGAACGACAGAACAAAUUGUCCUAAGUGUGAAAAGAGAACUAUUGGGGAGAGCUAAAUGAAAAACUGAGCAUAGAAUGGACAAAGAAAGAAAUGAUGAAAGUGACAAAUCUAGAUUCUGUUGAACAACAUACAAACACUCACAUCUAGGUGUGUGUAUCUGUGUGUGAUCACAUAAGCUGACAAUUAAGCAAUAACAAAACUCUGGAGAGGUGACUCUUGAGUUCUUGUCAGAUCCCCAGAGAAGCAAUAAAGGUCUGGGACCACCUCAACGCAACACUGUACCUGUGCUUUCUCCCUAAUAGGGACCCCAACUCAACCAUCUCCUUUUCUGGAGGGGUGUGUGAAGGACUCAUCUUGAAAAGACAAUGAGGAGUGGUAUCAAUGAACCAGACGAGGUCAUGUAAGAACUAUUUCAACAGUUUUUUCUGUUUUUUUGUUUGUUUGAAAACUAGAGGAUCUAGUCUUCCUGAUUUUGUUUUUUGUUGCUUUUUCAGUUUUGCUCACUGUAUAGAGACUUUUAUUACAUGUCAUUGUUUUUUACUUUAUUUUUGUUUUUACUUCAUUUGCCUUUUGGAGAAGAUAUUACUUUGUGGCAAUCCUACAAGCAUGCAGCAUCAGAACUAUUUAAAUCUUCAAACUUUCUUUGAACACAAUGCUACAGUGAUUUGACAAACUGCCAGUUGUUUGUGCAAGAUUCUAGCUGAGCUAAAUCUGCUUUUACCUCAGAAGAAGAUAAAAACCUGGUAUAUCUUGAUCAGCCAAAACUGAAUAAAAAAUAUACUUGCUGAGUGUCUAAAGCACAAUAGGUAUUGCUAUUUGCAAGCAGUAUGUGUGUGUGUGUGUGUGUGUGUAUGUGCCUGUGUGUGUGUGUGUGUGUGUGUGUGUGUGUGUGUGUGUGUGUGUGUGUGUGUGUGUGUGUGUGUGUGUGUGUGUGUGUGUGUGUGUGUGUGCCUUACAAAAAGGUUGAUUUCAAUUUAUAAUUUAUAUUUAUAUAUGGUUACUUUCUAACCAUAUUGUCUCUGUUGUUGCGUCCUUUUGGUGAGGAAUCCUCAAUCGUGCUAUUCUGCUGUUUUAUCACUACCUUCUCAGGUAACCAAGUCCCAAAAAUGUGGAAACGUUGUCUAAACUUAAGAUCCUGAAGACCUACAGUAUGAGCAUGAUGUCAUUUCCUAUCAGAGGAAAACAAGGCUUUAACAACUUUACUUUCCACUUGAUGUAUAGGCUGUGUGUAGGCUAUAUACUGUACUGCUUUCACAUAGCCAGAACAAAGACUUUGGGACUAUAAUGCAAUAUUUCACAUUGAAAUGCAGAGGAAAUGAGAAAUGAAGAGCUGACAGGAUUGUACAUUACCUGCCUGCUGGCAUUUAUUCGAUUUCCUUGUUUUCAUUAGUACAUUUGUUCAUUUGUGUAUGAUUGUAAGAGGUUUUAAAACCUUUGGAGGGCGCUAGCUGAGUAGAUCAGGAACCUGAACGCUUCUGUUUUUUUGAACAUGAACAUAGAUAUGAAUAGAUGUAAAAGAAAGGACCCAAACCAUUUCAUAGUGCUUUUCCUCUUGACGUCACAGUUGCCUCUGCCAUUGUACAAUGGCAGAACCAGAGAUAAGCCAAAGAGAGAGCAGAGUAAGAGAAAGAAGCACUGCUUACUUUCCAGCAACUCAAAAUGCUAGCUAGCUAGUGCUUUCAUGGUGUACUCUGUGUGGCUCCUGCUAUGAGCAAGCUGCUUCUGCCACAAGAUGCGAAUGUGUUGAAAAUUCCCCCUAGCAGUUGGGUUCCAGGACCAUGACUGUAUUUGUUUUUGUAUUUUCUAAGAAAAUAAGAAAAGAAAUGGAAAACAAUUUGUAGCACUACAAUUUUUUUUGCUGCAAUGUGCGUUUUUCAAUGGAUUGGCCGUAGGUGGUAGAGGUCGCUAGCUAGAGGUUAAUACAACACACUUGGGUGUAUGUGUUAGGCCUAUUUAUUUUUAGAGAAUGUGUUUGAAACGACACCAUUUACUUCAGCUGUUUACACCAUGAUAGCAGUGCACCUUUGUUAUUUUGGUUAGUUUGACCAUAUCUGUGAAGUGGUCUUCUUCUGAACAACAUGUUGAAGGGAAAAGUGUUGGAAGCCUGAAGCUUAAAAGUGGUUUGAUUGAUUUCUCUCUGAAAUAAGCAGUGUUAAUAUUUCUAAAUUACAUUAUAUUUUGCUUGAUUACACUCACCAACAGUGCUUGUGCCUUCUUCAGAACAAACCCCCUAUGAUCAGAGUAACCCUCUUUUGUCCAAUCAGCACAAAGAGAAAACAGGUGGGCCCAUAAGACCCAGAUUUGCUACUUUUUCUGUAUUGAAGAACAAAAUACUGCAUUUCACUUUACAAUGAAUAUAUCUAAUUUCUGAAAUAUGUUUAGUUUCUCCUGUUGGUUCAGAAAACUCUUCACAAACUUAGUUUGACCAAACUAUUGAAAAACAAAAUAACCUUUUCGACGCAGAUCUGUAAGAUGUCCUUUUUGGUAAAAUGUUGGAUAUGAAGAAAUAUGCGUUAUGAUUUUAUGAUUUUCCUGAUUUUGUACUUGACUGUGUGUGUUUGUAUGAAUGUUAUAUAAAAACAAAGAUUGUUUAUUUGUGUGGCUAAUUUAUUUGAUUAAAACAUGAAUAAACAUGAA